AUGGCGACUGCAGCAGCAGCCGCGGUCUCGUUUCGGGCAGCGGUGCCGUCAACAAGCCUGGUGGCCCGGCUUGCCUCUGCCUCGGCGACGGUGAUGCCGUCACAACCGCGCCGGCUGGCGUCGCUGUUUGCGAGCCAGCUAGCGGCCAUUCCCCUGCUGUCGGCGAUGCCGGCCAUCUCUCUGUCGCUGCCAUCACUGCCGUCGCUGCUCGGCGACAUCUGGGAAUCGAUCCUGCGGGCGGUGCCCAAGAAGAAGACGUCGCACAUGAAGAAGCGACAUCGGCAGAUGGCCGGCAAGGCACUCAAGGACGUCAACUCCCUGUGCAAGUGCCCGGCGUGUGGCCGGACGAAGCGGAUGCACUACCUGUGCCCAUACUGCAUGGAAUCUGCAGACGGGCAAAUAUCGCGUCGACAUCAGUUCCACCAGAAGCCGCCAUGGUUCGUUCCAAGCUCCAGUUGGGGACAUCUUUUUGUCGAGUUCUCUGCUAAGUUUCUGUUGCAGUCGAAGCAAUACUACAUUGCGCGGGCGGUGGAGAAUGCACACGAGACGGACAUUUUUUCCGUUGCGGUGACGCAGCACGCCGUGAUCUCGGGCUCAGGCGGCUCGACGCUGCGGGUGCACAGCACGGACUCGGCGGAGUAUCCGAUUGUGCAGUCGAUAGACGGAGCGCACAAGCUGGGCUGUCACCACGUGGCGACAGGGCGAGGAGGAUCUGGCCGGGUGGCCUGUUCGGCCGGCUUUGGGGGGGAGGUGCAGCUGUGGCGGCUGAGCGAGGCAGGUGACUGGAGUCUGCAGACGCAGCUACGGCCGAGUGAUCUAGGGAGUGGUGGCAGUGGAAACGGUGCACCCACCGGCGAUGCCUGGGCGCUGGCCCUCAGCCACGACGAACAGUAUCUCGCAUACACGACACACGAUGGCCGUGUGGGCGUAUGGGAUCUUGCGGCCGGCAGUCGGCUGCUGGUGUACAGCGCGCACAACCGGGCGACGAGCAGCUUCGCCAUGUCCGUCGACCUCAGCCAAGACGGCCGCUACACGGCCGUGGGUUACCAGAGUGGUGCCGUCAAUGUGUUUGACAACGACGCGUCCAAGCUGGUGCACGCGCUGCCGGGUCUUGCACGACCGGUGCGUGCCGUCGCUUUUUCACCACUGGGCCGCCGCCUGGCUGCUGCUGGCGAUGCUGGUGUCAUCGCCAUCUACGACAUGAAGCACGGCGAGCCGGUGGCCAAUUUGACACCACCGGGCGGAUCAGCUUCGAUGGCAACGUCUGGCUCUGGCUCCUCUGGGCCGUCUGCACCGUCGGAUGUCCUCUCCUCUGUCUGGGUCAUGUCGCUCGACUUUUCUGCGGGCGGCGAGCACCUCCUGGCCGGCUACAUGGACGGCAAGGUGCGCGUUUGGAAUGUCGAGCUGGGCACGUGUGUGGCUACCUGUGGUGAUGCCGAGAUGGCCACGCUCUGGAGCGUCCGGUGGCUGCCACCACGCUCCGACCGACCCGGCGCUGACACCGAGAGCUUCUGCACCGCCGGGGCCGACCGCAGACUCACUUUUUACCGCGAAGCAGGGUCGAAUUCGAUUAUUUAG